AUGCGACCACUCCCACCAGCUGAGAAACCUUCUUCAGUGCACGGCAAUGGCAAAUGCUGCAUUUCUACACGCCAAGGGAGCAACGCGUCAGCUCCAGGAACAGGAAUAGCGACAGUGACGGGGCAACGUGCAGGCUGCUCGAACGCAAGCGUCCAAUCUGCACGCCACUGGACGAGUUCAGGUGAUGCAGCCCCCUCAAUUACCAAUCUGGACUGCUCGCACCUGAUCCCGUACGCCUUUCAAUUGGUGUCGUUUACAAUGACGUUCAUCACAUACUACGAUGCUUCUCUCGGAGAGCCGACGCAGCAUCUUUCCAGCAAGACCUCCUACUACUGCUGGAUAAACGACGGCCGAACCCGCCCAUGCAGGAUAUACAGCGCCGCGUCAAGCUUUGCGCCAGAUCUGGAAGUACUUGCCCUAUCUGUUCCCAUGGAAGCUGCGUUUCUCGAUGCUAAUCACGUCUGGUGGGGAAAUAUGCCGGGACACUGCAUAGGUCACCGUCCCAGAGCCACGAGAGGGAGACACUCUUGGUAUCAGCGUUGGUCUGUGCACGGACUCCACUACAUUCACCAUCUCCGGUCCACGUUAAUCAUUCCAACCCCUAUGCUCCUGGCGCAUGCGAAACCACGUCACAAGAGAAGAACAGAACUUCAUAAGUCCAACGUUGCUGCGAUAUCACUACCAAAUGCUCUCUUGACUCGUCCAGGACAUCGGCCGUUGGAGUCAGAAUAUCUUCAAGCUAGAGACUGGCGCAAACGUAGGAGCCCGAAUGACAUCAGGAUGGCGAACAUUUUUGGAGGCGCACUGAGCGCCGACAGCGACUACACCACCCCCAAACGAGACUCCGCUCGCCUCGAAUCAAGAUCCGACAAUUGCGACACCAACUGGCCAAACGCCGCCUGCGACGCAGACUGCUACGAGGCCGAGCCUCGAUUGGGGCAACAAGACCAUGAUGAAGCACGUUUGAGACGUGCCGGCGCUGGUGGUGAAUCUGGGCAUCUGGCUCCAAUAGCAAGCGCGCCGACCAAACGACUUUCGCGAUUGUUGCCGGCCGAGACCCCGAAAAGGCUCAUCAUGUUUCUUGACGAUAUCUUGAUUCACAUGUUGUGGAACAUGAGUAUCCAGUGCAGAAGUGUGGCCGAGGCGGAGGUGUGGUUUCACUUCCUAACCACCUCUCGAAAGCUUUACAUGACAUACCGGGGCUUCUUGGGUGUCUUUGCGCUCGGGCGCAGGCAUGGUCCGGAUGAGACAUCAAUGCACAGAAUUGCGGACCAAUCAUAA